CUGGACCGCCCGACGUUCAUUGAUUCAUCCAACUACGAACAGUCGCUCGCUACCAUGAGGUCCACCGCCGCCACCUUGGCAGCCAUCUUUGGCUAUGCCGCUGCUCAGCAGGCCUACGGUGCACCGCCUACCGGUGCAUCGCCUACCGCGUCCUGCCCUGCAGCAGGUGCCACCGCAACUGAUGGCCGCUACAGUUGCAACCCAGCACAUCAGUAUCCGCCGAACCAGUUCUGCUUGUUGAGCGACGGAUGCUACUACCUCGUCAACCAGGGCCCAGGUGUGAGCGUAUCUGCAAGCGCAACUGCAAGCGCAACUGCAAGCGCAACUGCAAGCCCAACCCCUACUUCAACCAGUUGCCCAGCACCAGGCACCAACAGUACAGACGGUCGCUAUUCUUGCAACCCAGCACAUCAGUAUCCGCAGAAUCAGUUCUGCUUGUUGAGCGACGGAUGCUACUACCUCGUCAACCAGGGCCCAGGUGUGAGCGUAUCUGCAGCCCCAACCGCCGUCUUGACCACCGUCUGCCCAAGCCCAACAACCCUCACCUACGGAGGAUCGACCUACGCAAUCACUUCCGCUACAACGCUCACUAUCACGAGCUGCCCAGGUGGUUGCACUGCACCCCCACCUGCUCCAACUUCCGCCUGCCCUGCUCCAGGCGCCACGGAUUCGCAGGGUCGAUAUUCUUGCAACCCGGCCCAUUCCUACCCAGCAGGCCAAACCUGUGUCUUGAACAACAGCUGCUACUUCCUCGUCACGAGCUCUUCUAGCUCCUCUGCGAUGCCAUCCACCACUGCAAGGGGCAAUGUUACUACCCCUACCAGCUUGCCGCCGCAGUAUACUGGUGCUGCGGUGGCUUUCGCUACUGCGGCGCCGGUUAUGGCUGUUGCUGCUCUGGGUGCACUUUUCCUGUAGAGGAGUGAUGAAGAGAGAUGGUUGCGCGGCGUUGCGCGGCGUAAGAUGUGGAAGUGGAGGUGGAAGGUGGGAGGACCAUUUUUUGAUUUGAUUGUGCAAAAUAAUAAGGUACUUUUAUAUACGCAAUGUAUGUACGGCAUGCAAGCACAUCACGAUGCAAAGGAACGCCACACACCGCCGCGCAGAGAAGAGAUGAUGGAGAGAUUUUUUAAACCGUCUCAGAUGGUAUUUCUCGACUGCUUCACUCAACAUCACUCAAAGUCCUUCAGGUAUAGCAGGUGCGAGAAUUCCGGAAAGACAAGAGUGAGCGCAGGCCUCAUAAUAGCUAAGGUGUUCUCC